AUGCCUUUUAGGCUAUGCAACGCGCCAUCUACAUUUCGCACCAUCAUGAACUCAAUAUUCAUACCUUAUCUCCAGAAGUCCAUCUUAGUCGUCUUCGAUGACAUCCUGAUAUACAAUCCUUCUUGGGAGCAACACGUGAUGCAUGCCAAAAAAGCCCUAGAGGUGUUGAGACAGCACAAGUUCUUCGCCAAGGUGAGCAAGUGUGCAUUCGGUCAGCAAGAGUUUGAGUAUCUGGGACACAUUGUCAUGACUCGGGGAGUGAAGGUCAACGACAAGAAAAUUGUAGCCAUGAUUGCAUGGCCACCUCUUACUAACAUCACUGAAUUACGUGCAUUUUUGGGUUUGACAGGUUAUUACAGAAAGUUCAUGCGGAAUUAUGGCAUCAUUACACGCCCUCUUACCAACCUACUCAAAAAAGAGAAAUUCGGGUGGUCUAAGGAAGCAAAAGCCGCCUUCUUGGAUCUUAAGCAAGCCAUGACCACCACUCCCACCAUGGCCAUGCCCAAUUUUAGUGAAUCCUUCACCAUUGAAAUUGAUGCAUUAGGCGAAUGA